AUGGACAACACCAACACCAAAGACCCAGUCUACCUAGACACCUUCCCCCUCACCACCCGCAUCGGCCUCUUCCUCCGCGUCCACGCCCUCAAACUCCUCACCAGCACCAUCUUCCUCUUCCUCAACCUCCCCGGCGUCAGAGACCCUAAAAUCCAACCCACCUACACCAAGAAAUACGCCUCUCGCCCAACCCUCGAAACACGCGUCUACAUUCCACGCUCCUACAAAAGCGGAGAUGCCCUCCUCCCGCUCUACCUCAGCAUCCACGGCGGCGGCUUCGCCCUCAUGGCCCCAAAAGCAGACGACAAAUUCUGCUCCGAGUUCGCGAACAAGUACGGCGUCUUGGUCGUAAACCUCGAUUAUCCCAAGAGUCCUGCGUCUAAAUUCCCCGCACCCAGCGAGGCGUUGGUAGAUCUCGUGCACGCCGUCCUAACCGACACCUCCCUCCCCUUCGACCCCAAGAAAGUCGCCAUCGGCGGUUUCAGCGCCGGCGGCAAUCUCUCACUCUCAGUCGCCCAGUUCCCCAGUUUGAAAGGCAAGAUCGGAGGCGUGGUCGCUUACUAUCCACCCGUCAAUUUCAGCGUGCCGGUCGAAGUGAGUAUGGCGUCCCGACCUAGCCACGCACCCCCGGAUAUCCUGUACGCGAAUGCGAAUACGUUUAACUGGGCGUAUAUUGCUAAGGAUCAGGAUCUGAAGGAUCCGUUGCUCAGUCCUGCGUUUGCGAAGAAGGAGAAUCUGCCGAGUAAGGUGUAUCUUAUUGGUUGUGAGUUUGAUAUGUUGUGUCGGAGUGCGGAGAUUAUGGCGGAGAAUUUGGCGAAGGUUGGGGGGAGCAAGGAGAGGAGAGGGGAUGAGAUUUGUUGGGAGAGGAAUGGUGUUAAGUGGGAGAAGAUUGCAUUUGAUACCGUGCCAAAGGUUGACCCCGUAGUCCGCGCCCGCCGUGAAAAGAGACGAAUUGAAAUGCAUCAGAGUGUUGCGGAGUGGUUGUUUCGAGAGGUGUACAGCAACUAG